CGUAUUUUCCGUGAUCUCGGCCCGCCGAAGAUGAGUCUCGCGUUUGAUAUGUCAUCUCCGGGAAUGCCGGAAGUAAGCUCUGCGUGUGUAUCAUAAUGAAAUAUCAUUAAACAGCCGUCGAAUAUCUCGGUUCGUCGAGAGUGCCGAGUCGCGCGAUCGUCACAAAAUGGUGACUCCAACUCGUUGAGCUUCCGAAGUCUCGCAAGCGAGUUAUAGUCGGCAGGAGUGUAAAAUAUCAUGAGCCGAGAAUAAAUAUAUCACGGUUUAUGAAGCAUCGCGUUCGUUGUCUUAUAGCGCAGAAAUCCGGCGAUUUAAACGAACGACAUUUGUGUGUUAUUCAUAAAUGAAAAAAGAAAGUCUGUAAAGAGGAGCCUUUGAGCGACGUUGUGCGAUACCGGCGCGCAAUCACGUACGCCACCGUGUGACCAACUGUCUUACUAGCGUGUAUCUCUCAGAGGUCGCGAAGUGUCUGUGCGUGUUUUGACGUGACGCGUGAUAUGUGUGGACGACAAAGUGUAACGAGGCUGUCACGGCUAUUUCACGGAGGUGAUGCGAUGUGACGACUUGCUUCCGAAGGACUACUCCAUACCCGGUGACGAGCAGUUCGGAGACGACAGCGGGCACAGCGUCUCCGCAUCGGUCGGAGAUGAGGAAGGCGACCCUGUUAACCGUCGCAACGAUUUUACUGUCAGUGACGGCACGCGAUGCCGCGGCAGAACUUUACACCGCUUUGGCGGAUAUGGAAGAGCUGCUGGAAACGGAAGCCGUGCUGAUUGACACACUAAACGGUUACAUCACAGCGCAGGAACAGCGAUUGGCGACACUGAGAAGAAACGUGGAGGAUUAUGCGAGGGAACACGAGGAGGCGUCCAGGAACAUCCAGCAGUACCUGUCGAAUCCCAUAAACGCUUAUCUGCUGGUGAAGCGACUGACCACCGACUGGAAAAGAGUCGAGGAACUGAUAACCGAGGAUGUCGGCAAGUCCUUCGUCGCGAACAUCACGAAUUCCAGGAGCGACCUAAAAUUCCCGACCGACGAGGAUCUCAAUGGCGCCGCAGUCGCUUUGAUGAGGCUACAGGAUACGUAUAAACUCGAGACCGCGCAGGUUGCAAAGGGCGUUCUGAAUGGCGUGCAAUACAGCACCGGAUUGACCGCGAGCGACUGCUUCGAGCUAGGCCGGCAGUCUUAUCAUAAUCGCGACUACUAUCACACGGUGUUGUGGAUGCAGGAGGCCAUGGAUCGCCUGCAGGAGGAGCAGAACGCGACCACCACCUCGAAACCCGACAUCUUGGAGUACUUGGCGUUCUCAACAUACAUGCAAGGUAACGUCGCCCGUGCUUUGAGCAUGACGAACGAACUGCUCGAAUUGGUGCCAACGCACGAGAGAGCGCUAGGAAACCGUGCGUAUUACCAAAAGGAGAUCCAAAGCAAGGCCAGUCAGUCGAAGAAGAAGCGGGGCGAAGACGGACAAGACGACACGGCGAUACCAGAACAGAACUUUACUGUCGCCGAGGAAAGGGUGAAAACGUGGGAUGAGAUGACGGAGAGGGAGAGAUACGAGAUGCUUUGUCGCGGCGAGGUAUCUAUUCCGCCGGAGGUGGAGAAGAAUCUCAAGUGUCGUUACGUCGACCGUGGAAUUCCUUUCCUGAAGAUCGCGCCGUUCAAGGAAGAGGAAGCGUAUCUGGAUCCCCGGAUAGUCGUUUAUCACAACGUAAUCUACGACGAGGAGAUCGAGACGAUCAAGCGUAUGGCUCAACCUAGGUUUAAGCGCGCCACAGUGCAGAAUUACAAGACCGGCGCCUUGGAGAUAGCGAAUUAUCGGAUCAGUAAGAGCGCUUGGCUCCAGGAACAUGAGCACAAGCACGUGGCGGCGGUGAGCAAGCGCGUAGAGCACAUGACGAGCAUGUCGGUCGAGACCGCCGAGGAGCUCCAGGUCGUCAACUACGGCAUUGGCGGCCACUACGAGCCGCACUUUGACUUCGCCAGGAAAGAAGAGACGAAUGCAUUCAAAAGCCUCGGGACCGGCAACAGAAUCGCCACGGUGCUGUAUUACAUGAGCGACGUCGAGCAAGGCGGCGGCACCGUGUUUACCGCUAUCAACAUCUCGCUCUGGCCGCGGAAGGGCAGUGCAGCGUUCUGGUACAAUCUCAAACCCAACGGCGAGGGUGACUUCAAGACUAGACACGCCGCUUGCCCGGUACUUACGGGCUCGAAGUGGGUCGCGAACAAGUGGCUACACGAGAGGGGCCAAGAAUUCCAUAGACCCUGCACAUUGGAAAACCAGGCGACGGACGAAGUGGACGUCAGGCACUGAACAGUGACUCCCGAUUUUGGAUCCUGACGGAAGAUCAAUCCGAAGAAACGCGUUUAACUAAGACACUCGGGACUCUCAGCUCUGACGAAUCAGAAGACGCUUCAUCCAAGCGGCGACACGGGAUUGUCGUUUGAGAGCGUCCGUCUCUAUCCGCGUGUAAAAGAGAGCGACCAGUGCAAUUUAGCGUAAGGGGAUGCCCCGUCGAUAUCGUCGACGAACGUUGUCGACGAGCGUUAUCGGCACGAUGUUGCGCGCGUUUAAUACACAUCGCAAUUAAGGUAGUUGGUCCGUGACGUUGGGAAGUUAAUAGUUAACACGAAGUUCGACAAAUCUGUGCUAAAUGUUUAUAAACAUGAUACAUAAGCUUUGACAUUAUAACAAGAGAAUAUCAUAUUUACAUAAUGUUCAAAAACUCAUUAAGAAAUAAUUAUUUUCCGCAUUUUAGAUACUUUCGGCUCGGAUUGCCCGUGUUAAGCAUAUUGUUGUGAAUGUAUCAUAUGUACCGAUAGCAUACAUACAAAAGCACAUUACUAAAAAAACGAUUGCGAUGUCGGAAUUUUUUGGCAUUUUUUGUAUUUUUCACGUUUUUAUUCUAUCCUUAAAAAGAUAUUUACAGGAAAAAGUAUACAAUAUUGCUAAAUAUUUGCAAUCAUAUUUCAACGGUUAUCAGAAAUUGUGUAUUUUUACAUACGAAUUGUUGGAAAGCUAGACGGUCGAUAAUCUUAUAACUUCUUUAUAGCAUUUCUACAAAUCUCUUUCAUCGUCUCCUCGUUUUCAUUAAAACUGAAUAGUUUGGUUGUUAGAAUUAAAAAUUAAUUAAUAAUAUCGAAAGUCGUUUUCGUACCUGUGAUACGUGUAAAUAAUACAAACUUCAAUUAUUUCAGCUUCGAUAUGGUCAAUUUUUUUUAAUUUUGUACGUGUGUAGAUUGUGUUUCGAUUAAUAUACUGUUGACAUUUGAGAAGAAAAUAAAAUUUACGGACUAACUACCUUAAACCUCAUGUACCUACGAGACUAAUUUUACUUUCUGCUCCACCGCUGGAGGGGGGGGGGGAGGAACCCAUUACGACAGCGAAUUAAUGUUUCCAUAAUCUUCGAGAAUAUAUCAGAGCAACCGACCAGACAGUCAACCGGCCGGCCGCGGCGAGUUAAAACUACCGCGAGAGGCGAAUAUCCAAACAAGAUUAAUCGGCCGCUUUGUUUCCCGUACGCUUUUCCCUUUAAAAGCACAAAGCCCCAUAAAAUAGAGAUUACUGCCGCUCGAAGCGCGGCAACUAUAGUAACAAAGUUACUCUUUACGGAACGGCCAAACAACACACGCGUUUUUUGUUUCGCUGUCUGCUGCGCGCACGUCAUCUUGCCCGUUCGUCUACGAAUGUUAACGUAGAAUUUCGGUUUGCUGUGUGAGCGCCGCGGCGAAUAUAAAGCGUCGAGGAUGAAAGAACCGUUCAACGCUGUAACUUUUGCUCGCGAAAAGAGGGAGAGAGAGAGAGAGAGAGAGAGAAGGGAGAACGCGAUUUUCGCGAUGAAGAACGAGUUUCGACGUUCGCGUUAUUUUAGAGAUGUCCACGGAGGACGAUACGCUAAGAUAUUACUACACGUCAUAGCCAAAGCAAUAAUAAAUUGCGCACGUUCUGGCCAGUCUCCUCUUAUCGUAGAUCAUAACGUGAACAUGUAGAACAGCGAAGAGCGCGAUGUGUAACCGUUAUUAUUAGCCCGUAGAGAGAUUAAUCGUAACUUGAGAUCAACCUUUGAUCGUGCAAUAAUGAGGCCGAGGUCCUUCUCUCGACGGAAUGAUCGCCGAUUACCAGCGUCGGGAGUGUAAAUAGCGGUGGUCCCGUAAUAACGGUCCGCCGAUCGGACCGAACUCUGUAUACGAAUGCAACGGUGUGUAAAAAUAGAAGGGACGCGUCUCUCAACGGAGCGGUGUGAUGUGUAGUAUAGUCGAGGAUAAGUGACGUCGUAUUUAAGACCGCUCAAUCGCAGCGGUGCUCAAACUGCUGUUCUGAGAAUCCAAGGCGAUUCCGAUAACUACGGACUUCGCGUUGUUAUGAACUGUGUGCGCGUUGAACGUGAUAAAAAGGUGAUAAACGCGGGUUUGAGAACCGCUACUCGACGUCGAAUUCCCACGAUCGCGAGUGAAAUUUGAAAUAUCGCGAAUCGAUAUAUGAGGAUACAAAACAUCGCUCGCGAUCGGAAUUUCAGUGACGACGACAAAGAAGAAGACUGGUUAAUCGAUCGCCGCCGUCGCCGCGCGUGUGUUUCUAAAACUACGCUGUGUACUUUUUGUACCGCGCCCGAAUACUUUUAUCCGAUUAAAAAUACAUUAUUAUCGUAGGAACUAUAUUUAUUACCGGAUUAAACUAACCGACUAAUCCAUCUCGCAUAUCCUGCACUUGCGCAUUGAUUAAACAUGUAAUCCGAUACGAUUGAAUCGUUAGACGUCGAAAAGUCGUUGCAACUAUAGUAAUCUUACACGUAUUUAUCACUACUUUCCGUUUUCGCUGAGAACACGAAGGUGGUGAUUUUAUCGGUUCGUGUCAAUUUUUCGAUUGUCGAGUUAUUGUUGCUCUUUAGCCGCCUUGUGUCAAUCUAAUAUCUUUACAACAGACGCAUUUCUUAUGAAUACUUUUCCGGAAACUGAUUCGUUUUAAGUUGUAAGACGGGAACGUUGAGUAAAUAAUAAUUUAGAUCGGAGUUAUACUUUUAUUGAGAAACAAGUAUCGAUUGAAAGGUAGUAACGAAAAGAAGAUUACAUCAAUGAGUCUCACACAUGAUACACUAUUUAGGUAAAUUUUGUAAAAUAUAUUUUAUACUAAUAAUUUUUUAUACACAUUUUGCGAGAUAUCAUGUCGUCUCUAAAUGUCAUUUAUAGAACGAUUACUAAAAAAGGGCGGAAAGCAAAGUAACAAUGACAAAAAAUACAAAGACGAAAUUCCAAUCGCCUUAUUAAAUGCGUGCGACUGAUAUCAUCUAUCUAAUUGUGAUUACCAUCGUUUUGUUAAACUAAAGAAAAUAAAUAAAAUGAGUUUCA